AUGAGCGGCUCGCGCCGUCCGCCGCAUCGGUCUGGGGGUCGCGGCCACGGCAGACAACGAAGCGAUGACGAAGAUAAUGUUGGAUACGAUUACAACUAUGACCAUGAUAAUGACCGCGAUCAUGGUCAUACCCAUAGUAGGCGACAAGAAAGUAAAGUGAGAGAUAGGACCAGGGGGGAUGGAUACCGUGGUGUUUACGCCGAUGAUGAGGCAGCACAUACCCUUGACGAAGAUGACGUGUUUGACGACAGAAGGGAUAAAAGGAGGAGAGGCCAUCGUCAAUCAAGAGAUAGACGAGCUCGAGACCGCACCGAAGAUAGUCACAAUGAAACUGUAUCUGAAGGCGAAGCUAUCCCCGUUGAUUCGAGACCGAGUUUUGCACGGCCGCCGAACGCUAAACCUGCGCGCGCGGAGAGGCGAGAAAAAGACCGAGACAGGAAUUCAUAUUAUCCCAGUCCUAGAGCAGGAUAUAAAGCGAAGGAGUCACCGGCUACUUCGCCUGUGAAGAAACGGGACCGGGAUCGGGAUCGGGAAGGGCAUAACAGACACCGAUCCAGGAGGGAUAGCACAGCUGACGAAGAUGGUGAUGGGCGGUUAAGAGGUCGGAGAAGAAGAGACCACGAUACUGAUCAUGAACGGGAGUACCGGGCAACAGCAACAGCAGGACGGCGUGAAAAGCGGGAGAAGCAUACCAGCAACGACUCGGCGAAUAGUGCUACGGUGCUUCUUAGCUCCAAUGCGCUAGCGCAACUUGACCAGCUGAACCGGAAGGCUGACGAGGAGACGAAGAAAAAGGCUCGCAAGGAGGAAUUAAAACAGCAGAAGAAAGAAAAGAAGAAGAAGAAGAAAUAUAUUAUUGAAACCGGGUUCGUCGGAGAUAAUGAAAGAGACAAGGAAAAAGGUUGGGAGAGCUCGGGAGACCUGCGGAGGAAGAAGAAACGGGAAAAGAAUAGAGAAAAGGAGAAGAAGAGACUUGUUUCUGGCGCCUAUCUAGAGGAAGGGAGAAGCCCUGAACUGAGGACCAGGGGAGGCGGGAGAAUCCAUGGAGAGAAAUAUCAUGGCGGAGGACGAGGCGGGGGAUAUGACGAUUAUUACGAUAACGGUUACGAUGAUGGUAGCAGUGCUGGUAGCGGCUGCUUUCAGAACUGGAGCAAGAGGAAGAAGAUCCUUAUUGCGGUAGGGAUAUGUAUUUUUCUUCUUGUCAUCAUCAUAACCGUCGCCGUCGUGGUGUCGAAGAAGAAUGGUGAUGGCGGUACUCAUCCAGACGGCCCUGUCACUACUGGACCGUCACAUAGUGAGCUUGAUGGGAUUAGCCCUGACUCUAUACCGCCCGAUGCGAAGGGAACCUAUCUGGACCCAUUUUCAUGGUACGAUACCGCAGAUUUCAACGUCACAUAUACAGAUGAGACGGUCGGUGGCCUACCCAUCAUGGGCCUAAAUUCAACCUGGGAUGACUCGGCACAAGCAAAUGAAAAUGUCCCGCCUUUGAACAAGCCGUUUCCUUAUGGUAAACAGCCCAUCCGAGGCGUUAAUGUAGGCGGCUGGCUGUCCAUGGAACCGUUCAUCACCCCGUCCUUUUUCCAGAAAUAUUCUGAACGAGAUCAAGUCGUGGACGAAUAUACCCUUACCAAACGCCUGGGAUAUGCAGGUAAACCUACAUUAGAAAAGCACUACGCGACAUUUAUCAAUGAGCAGUCCUUUAAAGAGAUCCGGGAUGCUGGGUUCGAUCAUGUUCGAAUACCGUAUGGUUACUGGGUAGUGACAACCUACGAGGGUGACCCUUACUUCGCUAAAAUGGGCUGGCGAUACCUUCUACGGGCCAUUGAAUAUUGCAGAAAAUUUGGGCUGCGCGUCAAUCUAGACCUUCACGGCGUUCCAGGAAGCCAAAACGGAUGGAAUCAUUCAGGUCGCCAAGGUGAUAUAAAGUGGCUCAAUGGUGAUGACGGAGCUAAAUGGGGCCAGAGAUCCCUUGACCUGCACGACCAGCUGUCUAAAUUCUUUGCUCAACCACGAUAUAAAAAUGUUAUUGCACUUUAUGGCCUUGCAAACGAACCGAUGAUGUUAAAGCUAGAUAUUGAACCAGUUCUAGACUGGACAACCAAGGCUGCUGAUAUCGUUGCUGGGAAUGGAAUGAAGCAGAAGAUUGUCUUUGGGGAUGGCUUCCUGAAGCUAUCGAAAUGGUCAAGCAUACUGCAGAAUACACCCCAUGAUAUGAUCAUAGACACCCAUCAAUACACUAUCUUCAACGCCGACCUGAUCAAAUUAGAGCACAAGAAGAAGUUGCAAUUCGUAUGUGACAGCUGGGUUGAAUUGAUCAGCGAUAGCAAUACCAAAGGAAGCGGAUGGGGCCCAACUAUCUGCGGCGAGUGGUCUCAGGCCGACACGGAUUGUACCAUCUACAUCAACAGCGUCGGUGUGGGAUCUCGCUGGACAGGCACUAUGGAUAAAAACCCCAUCGGCGGAGAUCCCGUACUCACCCCGUCCUGUCCCAGUGGGAAACAAUGUUCGUGCGACGCCGCAAACGCAGACCCCUCGCAGUAUUCAGAUUCCUAUAAGAAAUGGCUAAAGCUCUAUGCCGAAGCUCAAAUUUCCGCCUUCGAGAAGGGCUGGGGGUGGUUUUACUGGACCUGGGACAGCGAGUCUGCUGCCCAGUGGAGUUGGAGGAAAGGGAUGGCUGCAGGCAUAUUACCGACUAAAGCAUACGAACCGGAGUUCAAGUGUGGCGACGAUAUUCCUGAUUUUGGCGAUUUGCCGGAGAACUACUGA